CGGCGUCAGUGGAGACCGGCAAUGCUGCCCAGCAUACUGACCCUGGACAACCCACACCCGCCAGUUUGUCGGCAUGGGCAAGGAUAUCUAUGACGAGUUUGCCGUCGCAAGGGAGGUCAUCGACGAGGCCGAUAGCGUCGUCGGAGGCGGCCUCAAGACUCUGAUGUUCGAGGGACCACAGCCCCAGCUCACUCUGACGAGCAACGCGCAGCCAGCCAUCCUUGCCCACUCAAUCGCCCUCUUCCGGGUCUUGGAGAAGGAAUACGGAUCGCCGCUCAAGAACUGCGAAUAUGUCAUGGGCCACAGUCUUGGAGAAUACACGGCUCUGGUCGCGACGUCGUCUCUGAAACUCGAAGAUGCCGUUCGAUUGGUGAAACUGAGAGGAGAGACCAUGCAACAAACGACGAAGGAUGUGAAGACGAUCAUGCAAGCCCUGGUCAUCAAAGGCAACCACCUCCAUGAGAUCGAGGCCUUGAUGGCGAAAAUCCAAAUCAAUCUGCCUGCAGGGGAAGUGGCCGAGAUCGCCAAUAUCAACAGUCGCAAACAGAUCGUGCUCAGCGGCACUGUUGAUGGGAUAGAAAACGCAACCUCUCUCAUUCAGAGCAAGGGGUACUCUGGCCGCGCCGUGACGUUGCCCGUGUCGGCUCCGUUCCACUGCCGCUUGAUGGCUCCUGCGGCCGAGUUGAUGAAAAACGCGCUGAUGGCCACCAACUUCAAGCUCCCCCAAGUCGAAGUCAUCUCCAACGUAACAGCGCGUCCUUUUGAUAAUGCCGGCGAAAUAGGAUACCUGCUCUACCGCCAGAUUGCCGAGACCGUGCAGUGGUACCGCUCCCUCCAGUAUGCCUUCCACGACGAAGUGCACGAGUUUGUGUGCAUCGGGCCCUCCAAAGCUCUCUCGAAUCUGCUCAAGAAGGACCACCCUGAGCUGACGUCGAGAUCCAUCUGCGACAUAGAUGAUAUCCGGGCCUUUGGCAAGUUGUUGGCCGAGAGGCCUUGAUCAAUAAACAGCACUGCGGGGGUUCACAGAGCCGCAGCGUUUCCCUGCUGCACAAACGCAGGGCUUUCGCUGAGGACGAUUGCAGGCGCUGUUUGGUCGUGGCUACGGGCUGCAGCCAUAGCCAUGAAGGUGGCUGAUCGUUCGGGUCAUGAUGCCCCUCGUGGAUGAGCUCGUCAAUAUUACGGCCUAUGAACUCCAGAGUGGAUCGCCCAGAUUGAUUUGGUCAACGAUCAAAUGGUCUAUUGAAC